AUUGUUUAAAAAAUGAUAACUGAGCCCUGUUAUAAACAGAUCAGUUAAAACGUUCCCUCAUUUUGCUGUAGUUUGUCUCGAGGGAGUGAAGUGCUGAAAAAUGGGUUGUCUUUCGGGGAUCGCAAAAUAUUUAUUAUUUAUCUUCAAUUUCUUGAUAGUGAUAUGUGGCAUCACCCUUAUAGCAGUGGGUGCCGUUAUAACGGCCAAUGAAAGCAAAGGUCUCGAUUCAUUCACCGAUUUCUCGGUUGGUGGCUUUGCUAUAGCUGUAGGUGUCAUAAUUUUUAUUAUUGCUUUCUUCGGAUGUUGCGGAGCCAUCAAGGAAAAUGGCUGCAUGCUGACUACCUAUGCGGUCAUUCUGAUUGUUCUCCUGAUUUUGCAAAUUGUCUUGGGGGCUAUGGCCUUCGUCGCCGUCAAAAAUGACGACGGUUCCUUGGAUAAGGAAGUGAAAAAGGUUGUCACCAAAACAUUUGAUGACUAUGUAAAGGACCCAACUGAAGACAAAAAAAAAGUAAUUGAUGCAAUCCAACAAGAUUUUAAAUGUUGUGGUGUUGACAAUUGGUCUUAUUGGAUAUUAAAGGGAAUGAUACAACCCCCAUCCAGUUGUUACGAGGACGAGGAUGUACAACUAAGUAAAAUCUUCAAGGACGGUUGCGCGAAACGCUUCCAAGAAGUAAUCACUUACAAUAUUAAAGUCAUUGGCGGAAUCGCCCUCGGAUUCGCAGUAGUUGAACUCGUGUGUGCCAUUUUCGCCUUCAUCGUCAAAAAUCGAUCGUAAUUUUUUUGUAAAACUAUUUAUUAUCAAUAAAUUUUUAGAAAACAUUAA